GAGCUGAAACUGUCAAUGAAUGUGGGUAAUGUUCCAUCGGAGCGCACACAUUGUGGAGCAUUUUUAUCCGUGUCGUGCGCAGUUUUUCGUGUAAAAUCGCUUGUUGCAUUUUUGUGCAAAUGACGUGAAAAAAAUGUACUGUAACUGCAGUACCACCCCGUGAGAGGAAUUUUGUGUGCAAAGAAGCAACGGAAGGGGUUCAAAAAAAAUCAAUUUUCUUGCAUCAAACCCGGACAUUUACAACUUCCUCAUAUUUCUGAUGCGUUGUCCAUCAUCAAGGAGACGUUGUACUGUUGUGGUGAAAAAGGUACCACCCAGCAGCUGCCCACAGUGGUGGCACCCGGAAAGGCCACAAGACUGAAACGCAGUGUGCAAAGGGGUUGGAAGAGGAAGAAAGAAAUAAAUAAGAAGUGCGGAGGAAAAAAACGAAGAAGAGCAAAAAAGCAGCACAGCGAGUUCGAUGGACGCUGACAUUUGAUGACGCUUCCUGGGUGUUUUUGAACUUCUUUGUGGCCCAAUUACUGAAGCGAAUGACCCAAAGUGGAGCCCAUUGUGGUAAAAAUCCCAAUAGCGAGCUGAGUUGAGCCUUCAAACAUAAAACAAAAAAAGAAACAAGGAACUCCCAUCAUCAUCUGACAGAUUUUAGGAGUUGCAGCAGCAGCAGCAGUAAAAAAAAAGAAAGAAAGAAGUCUUAACCUGAACGGAUGAUCUGAAUGGAAAGACGAAACAGGAGGAUUUGAAAAAGAUAAGAUUACGACGAUUAGAGAAAGGAUUUUGGUGUGAUUGUGCGUGUGUUUGUGGAUUAUGUGGAUAGAAGAAUUUUCCGGUGGUGCAUGAAUGGAUGGUGAAGAUGCUCAAAUCAAGCACGGAGGGAUCAUCAUCUAUGCUAUCAACGGGCGAAAAUCAUUCGCUGAUCGUGAAAACACGAACAAGACUGUAUGAGCAACAUCCAACAUACGAGGAGCUCUACAAAAGCACCAUGAGUCUGCUCAAGGUAGUCAAUGAUGGUGCCAUUGAGGAAAGUCCCGCGGCUGCAUCAGGUAACGCAUGCCCCCUACUCCCGCCCAUAAGGACAAAUAAUAAUACAACCAGCGUCAAUAAUAACGUCCACGGUGAAGCAGACGUUAGCGGCGGUGGUGAUGCAGCCAAGGAGCCCGAAUCGGCGGAACUAAUAACAAAAGGUGAGGAGAAGGCACUCCAUCAGAACCCAAUAACAAAAGCAGCCUCAGCACAGGAAGUCCUAAUGGCAUACAGACACAAAUUAACCCCCUACGAACGCAAUGAGAUUCUCAACUACAAACAAAUCUACUUCAUUGGGGCCACAGCAAUGAAGAGACCCGGUAUCGGUGGUGCCAAUAAUUGUGACUACGACAACGAGCAAGGAUCCUACAUUCACAUCCCACACGAUCAUGUGGCCUACCGCUAUGAGGUGCUCAAAAUAAUUGGGAAAGGGAGCUUCGGGCAGGUCGUCAAGGCGUACGAUCACAAAACCCAUCAACAUGUUGCCCUUAAAAUGGUGCGCAACGAAACGCGCUUCCACAAACAGGCACAAGAGGAAAUACGUAUUCUCUACCAUCUACGUAGGCAAGAUAAGGAUAAUACAAUGAAUAUCAUCCAUAUGUAUGAUUAUUUUACGUUCCGAAAUCACAUGUGCAUCACAUUCGAGUUGCUCUACAUUAAUCUGUAUGAAUUGAUUAAGAAGAACAAAUUCCAAGGAUUCUCCUUGCAGUUGGUGCGUAAAUUUGCACACUCACUGCUCAUCUGCUUGGAUGCAUUGCACCGAAAUGGGAUCAUUCAUUGUGAUCUAAAACCCGAAAAUAUAUUGCUUAAGCAACAGGGUAGAUCUGGAAUUAAGGUAAUUGAUUUUGGGUCAUCGUGUUAUGAGGAACAGCGUGUGUAUACGUACAUCCAGAGUCGCUUCUACCGUGCCCCAGAAGUCAUAAUGGGUCUCAGGUACACCUGUGCCAUUGACAUGUGGAGUCUGGGAUGUAUUCUCGUGGAAUUGUACACGGGAAGUGCUCUCUUUGCUGGUGAAGAUGAAUUUGAUCAGUUGUCGUGUAUAAUGGAAAUGUUGGGCAUGCCACCUGAGAAGAUGUGGGAGCAAUCAAAGAAACGUUCAACGUACAUUAGCUCCAAAGGCUACCCACGGUACUGUAGACUUGCUACAAAUUCCGAUGGGACAAUGCGUAUGAUCCCCGGGAAGACGCGUCGUGGUAAAUUACGUUGCGUACCCGAACAUAGGAGUCUCAAGAAUGCCCUAAAAGGAUGCGAAGAUCCAUUAUUUAUUAAUUUCAUUCGUGGUUGCCUGGAAUACGAUCCUGCACUACGGAUGACCCCAUCGGCUGCACUGAGGCAUAGUUGGUUCCGUAGGCGUCUACCACGGCCACCAGAUACGGAUUCAAGUGGUGUUAGUUCGUCAAAUUCAACCCUUGUGUCGGCAAGUGAAGGUACCACGCAGGAACCCGCAGCGGCACGGGUUACCUACAAAAAGGCACCAAAAUCACCGGUACAGCAGCCUCAACAGCGUGCCCCCUCGCCUCAGAAGGAGCAAGAAGGUACGAGAAAAUGUCCAAGAUUUUGUAGGAUAAGUUAACAUUACACAAUAUAGCUCUAUUAGCUUAAGGUGCGCGCCUCAAAAAAAAAUUAGUAAGAUGUGUUGCAGUAUUUGUGCCUAUGGUAAGCUAAACUUCAAACCCAUUUGUGCCAGUUGAUCCUUGCCAAAAAGUUACUGUCGCGUCGUUCCCACAUAGACCUGACAACAUUGGCAAGGGAACUAUUUGUUUUAAAUUAUUACUUAAAAAAAUCUUUUUUAAUUUGUUUAUUAAUUCAAUUUUUUCUUAUGUGUUUCAUUUUAGGAACAAAUUAAAAGAAAAUGACGCUUCCACCAACGCAACUAUUUAAAUCAUCACAUGGACUGAGCAGUAUAGAGAUACCGACUUUAGCAUUUUAUCAAUGGAGCACAGACGUUGUGCUCAACUCAGAUCUCAAUAAAAAAAAACUUUGUGUGUUUAAUUUAAAGGAGCGAUGGAUUUAAAAAAAAAAGAAGUGAAAACAUGAAUAAUGAGAACAAAUUGUGGAUGCAGAAGUAAUUUAAAAAAAAAAAACAAAAAUAAUUAAAUAAAAAAAAAUGCAUAAUGCGCCAAUCGAUACUCAAGAGCACCCCAAGAAAAAAAACGGACGAGAUCGUUGUUCUCAAAAAAUUUGAUGAUGAUGACAAGAUAAAAGGAAGGAAGAAAGGAUUAAUAAAACAAAAAUAAAUAAACUCAUGUAUAAAUGAAGCUUCUGUGUGAUCGACGUCGGAGGGUGUGUAUAAAAAAAAUUAAUAAAAACAAGAAAAAUAAUUAUCAAAUGUAGAAGAAGAAAAAAAACCUGAGAACUGAAAUUGUUACAUUGUUCGAUUAGUAGAUUUUUUUAAUAUCAGACAAUUUUGAUGACAACACCUUCCCCCCCCUUAGACGGUAUAAAACAAUUUACGUGUUAUGAUGAAGAAAAAAACAAAAAUUAUAUUGUAGAUGAAUUGCGUGCAAAAGUAGGAGAUUUGUGAAUUUUAAAAAUUCAUUUUAUUUUCCCCAUUUUACCUCGCAGUGAAUAACCAUCGCGCGGAGGAUGUUUUCUUUCUUUUCAACACAGUUUUUAAAAAGAAAAACAAAAAAAUUGUAAUUUUAACAUUAAAUUACAAAACUUUACAGACUUUUUGCAAAACACAGUGCGCCCCAAAAACUUCUUAUAAAAAAAUAUGCUUUAAAACAACAAAAAAUGUUAAGCCGUUUUUAAUAAAAUGCAAAUAGAUAAAGAAGAAGUAAAAAAAAACUCUUGAAAAUGUCAAUUUGUGACGACAUAGCGUCUAUGCAUUUGUUUUCCCACAUAUCCUACCACCACCCACUCCACCCUCCUCUCCACCUCCCCCUACAACCCAGAAGAAAAAGUUUAUUAAUGAUUCAAUUAAUGGAUUCUUUGUCCUUUUAAUUUUCUUCUUCUCUAUUCCUUCUUUUUAUCUUCAUACCUUCUUGAUUUUAUUUUCAGAUUUAUUUCUUUUUUUACUUCCUCUCUACCACCACCCCAACCCCCUCCUACAAAUAUUCAUACCAAAUUUUUGCUAAUUUCCAGUGAAUUUCACUUUUUAUUAUUCGUUAAAAACGUUGAGAAGGUAUAAUACUUGAAAUUAUUCCGCGACGUGUAAGAAAUAUUGUAGAAAAAUUUUGCCCAACUGGACUAUCUACUCUAAUUUGAUUAGUUUGUAUCAAAAUUAAGAAUUAAAAAAAAAUUGGUUAGAUCAGUUUGAAGAACAAGACUUGAACAUUUAGACAAUUUUAUUAUUAAUGACUGUUGAGAAGAAAAAAAAUUUUUAUUCGCGUAACAAUUAAUGUUAAGAAUAAAAAAAAAAGAAAUAGUUUAUCAGGUUAGUUGAGCUUAAACGAUUUUAACUAUUUAUUCAGUCCAGCCGGGUUGAUUUUACGACUGCGAUUUAUUACACGUCGCUUUAAAAAAUAAUCACGCGUAUAAUACUAAACCUCCAACGUAUUAAAUUAAUUACUUUAGGCUUCUCUUUUGAAUUCAAUUUAAUUUAACAAACAAAAAAAUCUUCCCAAACCUUUUCCCUUCUUCCUCACAUCCUUUGUAAAAAAAGAAAAAACAAAAUAAAUAAAUAAACGCGGCGUACGAGUUAUUAAGAAAGCGCCUCAAGGUCCGCGUGCACGAACUUAAGUGCUGGUGCACCCGAAAUACAUUUUUCUCGACUUAUUGUGAGAGACUUGGGACGAAUAAAAUGCAAUAACAACCAAAACAAAAA